AUGUUUGUUAAGAGAGUAUUGGCCUUUCUCGUGCUGGUGGUAGCUGCAAGUUGCAAUGGUGGAAGUACUCUUGCAGAUAGUCCCUGCGAGUGCAGGAGGAUAUACACGGACAUAUUCAUAGAUACGGACAUAGAAGCAGCCAGGGAAAGAAUAGAGAAAACCCACACUCCCUGCAAGCACUUCUACAGGUGGUUUAUUAGCACAUACGUGGACUUCAACAUAAAAACAGGCGUGGAGUCCCUCUACAGGUCCCUAUACUCCACCUGCCCUGUAAGGGACUUAGCCUACUUAGUAUACGCUAAUAAGCUGGAUAGGAAGCACAAUCUGAUAGGGGAGAGCAAAGAAGUGGCCUACUACUUCCGGGAGGUGGCAAAGCAAGUCUUCAACGACUUCUUCAAGAGCAAGCCCGCCCUCUUCGCGAAGUGGGAAUUUGCCGACCUGGAGAGACAGGGGGAAAACAAGAAAAUCAUCGACUUCAUAAGCACGCUGCGAUCAGGAGGGGAUGAAAUUGCAGCGGAGAGUCUUCUCUCCCUCAUAAAGAUCGGGCAUGUUCAACUGGAUACGCACAUAGACUUCCUGAAGGAGUGCGCCCGAAAGGGGAAUCCGGAUGCGAUGGGCCUUCUCGGGAACAUGUACUACUACGGAUGGGGAGUCCCGGCGAGCAAGAUCACGGCGAGGCACUACUUCUCCGAGGGAGCGAGAAGUGACGAGCCAGACUCCCUGAACGGCUUGGGGAUGCUUUCCCUGGAGGAGGGAGACCCGCAAAGGGGAAAGGCCUACCUGGAGAAAGCAUCUGCAAUGGGAUCGAAUGCUGCGGAUUACAACCUCUUCCUGAUGCACGAGAAGAGCAACAAGAGCUUCCUCGGGGAGUUGCACCUCAUGAAGUCGGCGAAGCAGGACGGAUACUUGCCUGCCGUGUACAAAUACGCAGAGAAGUCCUGGGAGAAGGGAAGCUACAAGCAAAGCACUAUAAACCACUACAAAAGCAUAUCCAUAUACUACAAGAGUCUCCUGGACCUGGAGAAAGAGGCAAUUAGAAUGUUCCAGGAGGGAAGGAAUAUUUCUGCACUCUAUCUAUCCAUUCUCAUCGGGGACUUAGGAUCGCAGGCAGGAUACAUAAAUGCAGCGUACACGAUAAAGAACAGGCUUCUCCUGAGACUCUCCCGAAUGAAGGCCCUGCGAAACUGGGACUUCCUCGGGUUAUUCGCAAGCCCAGGGAAGAACUCUGCUAAGACGUCAACUGAGAGUAAUUCCAAUAAGAAUACUUCUACUGAUAAUUCCAAUAAGAACAUAUCUCCUGGAAAUACUUCUGAGAGUAACUCCAACAAGAAUACAUCAACUGAGAAUAUAUCUCCUGGAAAUAUACCUAUUGAUAACUCCACUGAGACUAUAUCUAUUGAGAAUACUACUGAUAAGACUAUUGAGAAGAUAUACGUAAUACUCUGCAAGAGACUCGCAGAGGUGAAGAGUGCAGAUGCCUUCCUGGAGUUGGGGGAUGCUCACUACUACGGGAUCGGAGUAGAUGUAAAUAUGAGCAGAGCCUUCUCCAGGUACUACGCAGCUGCUCUCAUGGGAAGCACUGAGGGAAAGUAUCUCACAGGGUGGAUGUACGAAAUGGGCUGCGGAAUAGAGAAGGACUUUUCUCUGGCUAAAGGCUUCUACGAGAGAAUGCACGCAGGAGACAGUAAUACGUACGUGCUUUACUGGGUCCUUAUUCUCCGAAUUGCAGUUAAGGAGCACAUUUCAAAGGCCGUCUCCCUCCUGGUGAUUGCUGCUUCUGUGGGCCUCGGGUGGAUUGCCCUCCCCCAGGGCAUUCUCUCCUUCAACAGAGUCAUCCGGGGGGCUGAGAGGAAGGCGUAG